GUUCAAGAUAGCGUUAGAAUGAUAACUCACAAAGCCAUCAAACUGCCUUUAAGAUUUCGAACUGCCCGAUUCAAAGAAGAUUUGAAGAUGGUGUGCUAGAAGCAGGAUGGACAUGUACACGAGUGUCUCAACAGUGGCGAGUAGCUUAUGCUUAUAGAUGCUGCCAAAGGAGACCCACCCCAGAUUUGAUCAAAUACAGAGCAGUCUUUGUUGUCAUAUCGGUUUACAUGGUCGCCAGGUCUUGGUACGUAUGAGGAGUUGCUGAUGAGUUUGUGUGUUGUUACCAGAACGUCGGGUGUGAGGGGAUGAGUUAUUGUUUCCCAGAGAGAGGACAGAAGCUGCGGCGUGGGCGGCAAUGGCGAAGUGUGCAGACAUGGAUUGGAAAGCCAUUCAAGCAACCCGAACAGCUCGGGUUCUGGUAGAAUUCUUGGAAGUGGCCAUCAACUCCGUUGUCUUCCUCAAAGGCGUCUACUCAACUGUGUCAGGGGCAUUUGAGAGGCGGCGAUACCUAAAUGUUGUGGUUCAUAAAUCUCGCCAUCCUGAGCUUAGGGACUAUAUUCACUCCUCUGUCAAUGGCCUCCUUCCUUUCAUCCAAAAGGGGGAAGUGGAGAGAGUUGCAGUAAUUUUUUUUGAUAACCAAAAUGUUCCAAUAGAGAGGUUUAUUUUCAAGAUAGAUGUGAAGCAGUCUUAUGAUUCGAGUGUGGAAGAAGAAGCUGCUGCUGCUGCUGACCUAGAACUCUCAUUUAGGUCUAUCUUGAUUAAGCUUGCCAUUUCAUACUCUUUGACCCAUACUCUUCCUCCUGAUUGCAGGUGGGAAAUAACAGGUUACUUUCGGGCUCUCCCAGAUAGCAGCAGUAGUGCAAGUAGAAUAUGGGUUUCCACAGGCACCAAACAGUGGCAGCAACCACCUGUGAUUAUCCCGAUUAAGUCAAUGACGAGUGAAGCGCUUGUGGUGCAACUCUAUGUAGAACAUCCCCAAACUCCCCUCCAACAAAAAAUUUCACUUUCCUAAGACAAUCUUGAAUCUUUCCCGGUGUUUGAGCUAAGAGCUUCUCUCAAAUGAAAAUAUCUCAAGGUUGACAUAUAUGAGUGUAAGAUGUUUGAUGGAAAUUUUGUUAAGAUAAUAUUUUAGAAACUUUAUGAAGCGCACAUUACAUGAAAGCUAGCAACUAUCAAUUUUAUAUUGGAAAAAUUGACAAUAAUAAUCUCACAUUUCA